AUGACUGUCACUACACGAGGCACUCGCAAGCGUCUCAGUCAAUCGCCUCCGCCUUCGACCCCGCCCGCCAACAAGACCAGAGUCAUAGACCACGAUUCCUCUAAGGACGUCAACGGGCAAGCCGUGAACGUUGAAGACUUUAUGGACGUGGAGGCAGAAGAUGGGUCUGAUGCUGGCGACGAUGCUGGCGCCGAUGAAGAGCACGACGACGAGAAAGACUCCUCUAAUGAAUGGGUCGUUUCCGAUGGGGUUGAUCCUAGUGUCUACGAUUCAGAUGAACAAUCUGACGUGGCGGAAGAUCCUGAACCUUUGACGGGGUCAAGGGACCAGUCCGACUCUGAAGAGUAUGGCGCACAGGAUCUUGUUCAUAUUGCAAAGAUCAACGUGAAGGGCAAGUCGAAGGCGGUGUCGGUACCAGUUGGCGACAAGACAGACGUGGCUAUGUCCGACGCCGACGGUCAGGGUGUGGACAGCGAUAAUGAGGGAAACGAUGAAGGCGCGCAGGAUCCCGACGACGAUACACGCAUGCAAGACGUGUCUGGUGGAGCCGCUGCCAACACGGCUACAGGAGGCGUCGCUGACGAUGGCAUACCGGGCAUCAUCUCUCGGGCCGGAUCCAUGUCGCUUGUUGACCCUGAGAGCAAGGGAGAUGGCAAGGUCGUCACCGAUCUUUCUGCCGCGGCUGAGGAACAUCGUGCAGUUACCGCACCCAAGAAAAGUGAUGCGAAGGGCAAGCCGAAACCGACCGGGAAGAAUAAGGCUACCGAUGAUAAACCGAAGACCGUAAAGCAGCAAACAAAACUGGAGCUCGAGAAGAAGGACGAGAUCGCGCUAGAGGAGCCGUUUAUUCGAGAUGAUGGAAAGCCAGUCGCGGGGAAGAUCUUGCGUCGCUUCGUGAUCUUCACUACGUUCGCCAACGAUCAAGAGGCUAUGUACUAUGUGCGGAAUGAACCCAGUAAUCUUCGGUGGUCCGCCAAGAAGGUCGGCAUCUCGCGUCUGGUCGCCGAAGGGCAAGCUACUUGUGUACGAUACAUGUGCAUCGGACAAGUUAGCUGGAAUGGGAUGCUGCCCGUCCGCGGUGAGGGUGGGACGUCGGAAUAUCCCACCAGACCGAAGAUCUCCAUCAAGUGUCUCCGCGAUCGCGAUUUUCUUCAUUGUAGGAACAUCAUCAAGGAGUAUUCAAACUCGCAGAACCAGAUUGAGGUCCAGAACAUGAGUUCGCUUUCCGCUUAUACUGAUUCCGGUGAACGGCAACGUGGUUCAGAGAAGAUUACCGGCGUCGCGUUUCCGGAGAUUUACGAUGGCGAGAAGAAGUAUUCCGCCAAUAAGCAAGGCAUGGAGAAGUUACGUCCGAGCGACCUGAUGCGCGACGACAUCGUCAUGCUUGAGUUCUCCGUUGGUCGUUACUACGACAUAGUUGGCAAGCCACCGAACUGGACCAGCACGCGCGCGUACUUCCGCCUCGAAGCGGUUUCGUUACUCCUUCGCGGUGACCGACAGGUCAACGAGUCCACUAAGAAAUCGGACAAGAAGCAGAAGAUAGAUCGCAAUGCGCGCAUGGAUGCAUCUAUAUAG